AUGGCCCGCGCCAGGCGCCCCCGGGCCCCCGGGCUGCUGCCCCUGCUCCUGCUGCUGCCCGCUCUGUGCGCCCGGGCAGCAGAGCCAGUGGACGUGCUGAAAGCGCUGCAGUUCCAGGCCCAGCCGGCCGGCGUGCGGAAGAUGACGGGGCUCUGCCCCGCCAGGCGGACAGGGACGGGGCCGGACGUGGCCUACAGGAUAUCACGGCAGGCACAGAUCAGCGCCCCCACCAGGCAGCUCUUCUCAGGGAAGUUCCCAGAGGAUUUCUCCAUCAUGGCCCUGGUGAAAGCCAAGGCCGGGACCCAGGCGUUCCUGCUCUCCAUGUACGACCAGCACGGCACCCAGCAGCUGGGCGUGGAGCUGGGGCGCUCGCCCGUCUUCCUCUACCAGGACCAGAGCGGCCGGCCUGCCCCCGAGGACUACCCGCUCUUCCGGGGCAUCAACCUCGCUGACGGCAAGUGGCACCGGCUGGCGCUGAGUGUGCACAAGCACUCGGUGACGCUGAUCCUGGACUGUAAGAAGAAGGUGACGCGGCCGCUGCCCCGGGGCCCCCGCCCGGUGAUCGACACCCGCGGCAUCACUGUCUUUGGCACCCGCAUCCUCGACGAGGAGGUCUUCCAGGGUGACAUCCAGCAGCUGCUCAUCGCCCCGAACCCGCAGGCGGCCUAUGACUACUGCGAGCACUACAGCCCCGACUGCCACGCCCAGCCCCAUGCGCCCCAGGCACAGGAGGCGCAGCAGAGACCUGCCAGGCCCGAGUACUUUGAUGAGGAGAUGGAGUACUAUGAGUACCCCGACUCUUACGGGAAUAAAGAGGAUGGGAACGCGCCCCUCCCCACGCCUUCGGGGGGCAAAGUGGAGCAGAAACCCGCCGGGCCGGGCCGCAAGGCGCCUGCCAAGCCGGCGCCCAAGCAGCAGAAACGGCAGCAGCUGAUGAACACAGCCCCAGCCUAUGGCAAAGCCCCCGGCGGCGGGAAAUCCCCUGGCAACGCCAAGUCCCCUGGCAACGGCAAAUCCCCCGGCAACGCCAAGUCCCCCGGCAACGCAAAGUCCCCUGGCAACGGCAAAUCCCCUGGCAACGCCAAGAUGGCAGCUGGGGGGAAACACCCAGCUGUGAAAAAUGCCCUGGGCAAGGCCCAGACGGGGGGCAAGGCCUACGCUGGCGCCGGCGCACCCAGGAAACACGGCAACGGGUACCAGCAGGAUGUGGGGCUGUCCCCUACAGAGGAGCCCUGGGGGGCUGGCGAGUACCUGGAUUAUACCCUACCCCCUGACCAGGAGCCUGAUGGUGACUACUGGGAGGAGACAAUGGGGCUGGAGGUGACUCCCCCCUCCCCCUUGGAGCCCUGGGCUGAGGAGGCUCCCAGCCCGCCCCCUGCCGCUCCGGGUGAGGACGAGGUGCUUGUGGAGGAGUACGUGACGGGGGAGGACACAGCUGUGACGGGGCAGGAGUACGAGUAUGUCUAUAAGGACUUUCCCGAGGGAGCCGAGCCAUCAGAGCUGGGGCCCGUGCUCUCCGCAGAGACCCCCCAGAAUGGAGGCGCUGUGCGCGGAGUCAGAGGCUACAAAGGAGAGAAGGGAGAGCCGGCCGUCAUGGAACCGGGAAUGCUGGUGGAGGGCCCCCCCGGCCCUGAGGGACCUGCGGGCAUAUCGGGGCCGCCGGGCACACAGGGCCCCCCGGGACCCACAGGAGAUCCUGGCGAGAGGGGUCCUCCUGGCCGUUCAGGUCUCCCUGGCUCGGAUGGGACGCCUGGACCUCCUGGCACGUCUCUCAUGCUCCCUUUCCGGUUUGGGAGCAGCGGUGGAGACAAGGGGCCUGCGGUGUCAGCACAAGAGGCACAAGCGCAGGCCAUCUUACAGCAAGCCCGGAUGGCCCUGCGUGGCCCCCCAGGACCCAUGGGAUACACCGGCCGGCCUGGGCCCCUGGGGCAGCCAGGGGGCUCCGGGCUGAAGGGGGAAGCCGGAGACUUCGGACCCCAGGGACCCCGCGGGCCGCAGGGCCUGUCUGGCCCCCCGGGGAAGCCUGGAAGGAGGGGUCGUGCUGGAGCCGAUGGUGCUCGGGGGAUGCCUGGGGAGCAUGGCAUUAAGGGUGACCGAGGCUUUGAUGGGUUGCCGGGGCUGCCGGGGGACAAGGGGUACAGGGGUGAGACGGGAUCCCAGGGCAUCCCAGGCCCCCCUGGUGAGGACGGGCAGCGGGGAGACGAUGGAGAGGUCGGCCCCAGAGGGCUCCCUGGAGAACCGGGACCCAGAGGUUUGCUUGGACCCAAAGGCCCACCGGGGAUCCCCGGGCCUCUGGGCGUGCGUGGCAUAGAUGGUCCCAUUGGGCCCAAAGGGAACCUGGGGCCGCAAGGCGAGCCAGGCCCCCCAGGUCAGCAGGGAACUCCAGGCACCCAGGGAUUGCCUGGCCCACAAGGUGCUAUGGGGCCCCCCGGAGAGAAGGGUCCCAGAGGCAAACCUGGCCUCCCCGGCAUGCCGGGGUCCGACGGGCCUCCCGGGCAUCCGGGGAAGGAAGGUCCGUCGGGAACCAAAGGUAACCAGGGUCCGUCCGGUCCCCAAGGUCUGAUUGGCUACCCAGGCCCACGUGGUGUGAAGGGCGUGGAUGGAAUUCGGGGGCUGAAGGGUCACAAGGGUGAGAAGGGUGAGGACGGAUUCCCCGGAUUCAAGGGCGACUUCGGGGUGAAAGGAGACAGGGGCGAGGUGGGUGUCCCAGGAUCCAGAGGAGAGGAUGGACCGGAAGGUCCCAAAGGCCGGACCGGACCCUCGGGCGACCCGGGUCCCCUCGGACUGGUGGGAGAGAAGGGGAAGCUGGGCGUACCAGGUCUUCCCGGAUACCCAGGACGGCAAGGCCCGAAGGGAUCUCAGGGCUUCCCCGGAUUCCCUGGCACCAAUGGUGAGAAGGGUGCUCGGGGUCUGUCCGGGAAGCCGGGGACCCGGGGCGAGCGCGGCCCCUCGGGUCCCAGGGGCCAGCGGGGGCCACGAGGAGCCACUGGAAAGCUGGGGGCGAAGGGCACCUCUGGCGGCGACGGCCCCCAUGGCCCUCCAGGGGAAAGGGGACUCCCGGGCCCCCAGGGGCCAAACGGCUUCCCCGGACCCAAAGGGCCACCGGGCCCCCCUGGCAAGGACGGGCUUCCCGGGCACCCCGGUCAGCGAGGAGAAGUCGGUUUCCAAGGCAAGACGGGCCCCCCCGGCCCCCCGGGGGUGGUGGGACCUCAGGGCGCUUCUGGGGAGUCUGGUCAGAUGGGGGAGAGAGGUCACCCAGGCCCCCCCGGACCCCCGGGAGAGCAGGGCUUGCCAGGACCCUCUGGGAAAGAAGGAACCAAGGGAGACCCCGGCCCCCCGGGAGCCCUCGGAAAAGACGGCCCGGCUGGACUGCGCGGUUUCCCUGGUGAGCGUGGGCUGCCCGGCACCCCGGGCGGCACGGGGCUGAAAGGGAACGAGGGGCCGGCCGGACCCCCAGGACCUGCAGGCUCCCCCGGCGAGAGAGGCGGCCCUGGGCAGGGCGGCCCCAUCGGACCCCCAGGCAGACCGGGCCCCCAAGGGCCACCAGGCCCCGCUGGAGAGAAAGGAGUUCCUGGUGAAAAAGGUCCCAUAGGCCCCGCUGGCCGCGACGGAGUCCAGGGUCCCGUUGGGCUGCCCGGCCCAGCGGGGCCCCCAGGGGGUGCUGGUGAGGACGGCGACAAGGGCGAGGUGGGCGAGCCGGGCCAGAAGGGUGGCAAAGGCAACAAGGGAGAACACGGUCCCCCAGGCCCCCCAGGUCCCAUGGGCUCAGUCGGGCAGCCUGGAGCAGCCGGGGCUGAUGGGGAGCCGGGCGCUCGGGGCCCCCAGGGCCACUUUGGGGUGAAGGGUGAUGAAGGAACCCGCGGAUUCAACGGGCCGCCUGGCCCCAUCGGGCUGCAGGGUCUGCCGGGCCCGGCGGGGGAGAAGGGCGAGACAGGUGACGUGGGCCCCAUGGGCCCCCCAGGACCACCAGGGCCGCGUGGCCCAGCCGGACCCUCCGGAGCCGACGGACCCCAAGGCGGCCCUGGAGGCAUCGGCAACCUUGGCCCCCCUGGAGAGAAGGGUGAGCCUGGCGAGUCGGGGGCCCCUGGCAUCCCCGGGGAGCCAGGAGUCAAGGGCCCGCGAGGAGAGCGAGGGGAGAAAGGAGAAACCGGAGCCGCCGGCACAGCUGGACCCCCUGGAGGGAAAGGGCCCCCCGGAGACGAUGGGCCCAAGGGAAACCCUGGUCCUGUUGGUUUCCCAGGGGAUCCGGGCCCCCCAGGUGAAAUGGGUCCCAGGGGCCAGGACGGGGCGAAGGGCGAGCGAGGCGAGGAUGGGGAACCCGGGCAGCUGGGCUCGCCAGGCCCGACAGGAGAGAACGGCCCCCCAGGUCCCCCAGGGAAGAGGGGCCCCGCAGGCUCCCCGGGUCCCGAGGGGCGUCAGGGCGAGAAGGGCACUAAGGGCGAGCCAGGCGCCGUGGGACCUCCGGGCAAGACCGGCCCCGUGGGGCCCCAGGGACCAGCUGGCAAGCAGGGGCCUGAUGGGCUGAGAGGCAUCCCUGGCUCAGUGGGAGAACAAGGCAAGCCGGGCGCGACGGGCCAGACGGGCCCCCCGGGACCUGUGGGCCCCCCGGGGCUGCCUGGCCUCAAAGGGGACUCCGGACCCAAAGGAGAGAAGGGCCACCCUGGUCUGAUCGGUCUGAUCGGGCCCCCGGGCGAGCAGGGAGAGAAAGGGGACCGGGGCCUGCCUGGCCCGCAGGGCUCCCUGGGGUCGAAAGGAGAGACUGGGAUCCCUGGUGCUACUGGCCCCAUCGGCCCCGCCGGGCCCCCGGGACUUCCUGGCCCGGCCGGUCCCAAGGGUGCGAAGGGAGCCACGGGACAAGCCGGCCCCAAGGGCGAGCGAGGCGUCCCCGGCCCCCCCGGACACCCGGGCCCCCCCGGGGAGGUGAUCCAGCCGCUGCCCAUCCAGCUGCCCAAGAAGAGCAAGCGGUCGAUCGACGCCAGCCAGCUGGUGGGCGAGGACGGGGAGGGGAUGGCGGCGGAUGGGGCCCACGGCCACGCGGGCGGCAUGGACGAGAUCUUCGGCUCCCUCAACACCCUCAAGCGGGAGAUCGAGCAGAUGAAGCACCCGAUGGGCACCCAGGACAAUCCAGCCCGCACCUGCCAGGACCUGCGGCUCUGCCACCCCGACCUGCCCGACGGCGAGUACUGGAUCGACCCCAACGAGGGCUGCUCCCGGGACUCCUUCAAGGUGCACUGCGACUUCACGGCUGGCGGGGAGACCUGCCUCUUCCCCACCAAAGAGACGCAGGAGGUCCGGAUGUCUGCGUGGCAGGAGGAGAAGCCCCCGCGCUGGUUCAGCCAGUUCCGGGAAGGCAGCAAGUUCUCGUACGUGGACGCGGACGGGCGCCCGGUGGGCACGGUGCAGCUCACCUUUCUGCGGCUGCUCAGUGUGGCCGCCCGGCAGAACUUCACCUACCACUGCCAGCGCUCGGUGGCCUGGCGCAGCACUGCCUCUGGGGGCCACCAGCGUGCCCUCCGCCUCCGGGGCGCCAACGAGGAGGACAUGAGCUACGACAACAGCCCCUACAUCACGGCCCUCACCGACGGCUGCGCGCUGCGGAAGGGCCCGGACAGGACGGUGCUGGAGGUGAACACGCCCCGCGUAGAGCAGCUCCCCCUGCUGGACGCGCACUUCAUGGACUUUGGGGAGCCCAACCAGAAGUUUGGGUUUGAGGUGGGACCCGUCUGUUUCCUGGGCUAG